AUGCUCAAAUACGCAUUCGUCGCAUUUGCGGUACUUGCUGCAUGUGAAGCAUUUUUGUUUCCCCCAAUGAUGGGUGGUGGAGGAAGUAGUUGUUGCCCUGCGCCAGCCCCAGCACCAGCGGCUCCCUGCUGCCCACCUCCAGCUCCACCACCAGCUCCAUGUUGUCCACCUCCAGCUCCUCCUCCACCACCUCCAGCUCCAUGCUGUCCUCCUCCACCAUCACCUUGCGGAGGUGGAGGCGGCGGAGGUUGCGGAGGAGGUGGCGGUGGAUACGCACCUCCUCCACCGGCGUAUCCUCCUCCAUCUGGCGGAGGUUAUGCUGCUCCUCCAGGAGGCGGCGGAGGUGGUUACGCUAUCGCUGGCAAGAAGUAA